UUCAGCCUUUUGGCUUCUUCCUCGCUCGUGGCUGGCCACGGAGCUAUCAUCGCCGCCACUGGUGAUGCAGGUGGUGCUGGCUCUGCCAUCGGUGUCGACCCCAACACUCCUCGUGACGGUACCAACCGCAACCCCUUCCAGCAAGAUUCUACCCGCUUCCGUGGCGAUGCCGCAGCCACUUGCGGUGAGACUCUUGGUGGAGGUGCCAACGACAUCCAGGCUGGCACUGCCCAGGUCAUGCAACUCAACGGUCCUACUCUUCCUCAGGUCACCGCCGGUGGUCAAGUUAUGAUGACUGUCCACCAAGUCAACUCCGACGGUGCUGGUCCCUACACCUGCAUGAUCGACGCCACCGGUACCGGUACCGCAUGGCAACCCAUGACUGUCACCCAGAACCUUCCCGGUAACGACCGUGGCCGCAACCGGGACACUCAAUUGCAAGAUCAGCCUCUUACUGCCACUGUCCCCGCUGGCAUGCAGUGCACUGGUACCGUUGCUGGCCAGACUAACGUCUGCAUGGUCCGUUGCCAGAACCCUGCUCGUGCUGGACCUUUCGGUGGCUGCGUGCCUGUUCAGAUGGCUGGUGCUGCCGCUGCCGCUCCCGCCGCUGGUGCUGCCGCCGCUGCUCCUGCUGCUGGUGCUGGUGCUGCCACUGCCGGUACUGCUGCUCCUGCUGCUGGUGCUGCCACUGCCGGUACCGCCGCUCCUGCUGCUGGCGCCGCCACUGCCGGUACUGCUGCUCCUGCUGCCGGUGCCGCCACUGCCGGUACCGCUGCU